GAACGGUGUAUCCCGAACAAGUAGAGAGAUUAAAGAGGGGUACUCGCUUUUUUCUCGAUCUUUAAUUCAGGUCAAGAGUAUCCUUGCCUUUUUAGACACACCCCGCUUGCCACGGGCUACUCGUAUCGAGGACUACCUUUUAUGGUUCUAUCUUUGAAAGCGAGAGGCGACCCAUCGUUAAAAGAUCAUUCUGCCAAAGCGUUCGCACUUUUACCCACUUUGUUCGCGGAUUUAAUCUCGUUCGAACGUCUCUCGUCUCGGUGUCAACGUUACUUUCUUUCUCUUUCUCUUUGACUUUCUCUUCGGGAUAAAGUUGAUACGAUCAGUAUCGUGUUAGAAGUAACAGAAGAAACCGAUUCUUCUUUCUAUUCGAUUAGUUUUGAUUUUUUCAAUUUGUUUUAAAAUGACAACGAUUGACGUAUACUAGUGAUAGCAAGUAGAACGUUGGAUAUAAUCGAAUCUUUCUAUAGCAAUUGCGAGUUUCACGAUACGUUACGUUCAGUUUUACUAAGCAGGAUGUAUGGAUACAGUUAUCAGGAAUUGACUAAUAGGAUGAUGUCAUCUAUGGAGGAGUUUCAGGAAGCAUUUCAGCUCUUCGAUAGCCGUGGGGAUGGAAAAAUUCAUGUGGCUCAAAUCGGAGACGCACUGCGUGCACUUGGACAAAACCCUACAGAAUCGGAUGUAAAAAAAUUCACUCACCAGCACAAACCGGAUGAACGAAUUAGCUUUGAAGUAUUUUUACCAAUUUAUCAAGCCAUUAGUAAAUCCCGCACAUCUGACACGGCUGAUGAUUUUAUCGAAGGAUUACGUCAUUUUGACAAGGAUGGGAAUGGUUAUAUCUCGUCUGCCGAAUUGAGACAUCUUCUAACAACAUUGGGUAUCUACAUCUUACCCUGCAGGUGAAAAACUAAGCGACGAAGAGGUAGAAACGUUACUAGCGGGCCACGAGGACUCACAGGGUAACAUUAAUUAUGAAGAUUUUGUCCGUCAAGUGAUGUGCGGAUAAAUAGUUACUUAGUUUUGUACAUGAAGUUAUUAACAUUUAAUUUUUAUAGUCCUCGAGUCUAUUCAAACUUUUACUUUUGAAAAUCUUCAUAUCAUAGCGUAUGCGUAUAAAAAUUUCUCUUUAAAGAAACCAAUGCUACGUAUCACCUAUUUUGUUAUAUAUCAUGGGGAGAAAACUAACCAUUUUAUAUAAGAUUAAACAUUAGUUAACAAAUGGUAGAGAUAAAUGAAGAUCUAGCGCAUCGUGCCUUGACCUACUCCAAUUUACGAGCAUUUAGUGAUAUCUGUAUUGAGAGGAAUACAAACUGUAGAUCGUGUGAACAAACAAUUAUAAGAAUUUGAAGUUUUCUUUAUAAUUUCAUAAAGUUACAUUGAAUUUUUCAUCGAAUUCCUUCGAUUUUGAGCCAUUGAUACGGAAAAGAGAAUACGAUUCCUUCACUUGCAUUUAUUAGCUCGCUAUAAAAAUCCAUGCGCCACUGUUACAUAAUUAUGAGAAUAAACAAAAAGGAAGAAGAAAAAGAAAAACGGAAAGAACAAUAAAA